AGCAGACCCGACAGUGGUGGUGGGCAGAGUACUGAGAAAUAAGGCCAGGACCUGGCAGGUGUUAUCCAGGAGGGACUGAAAGCCACCAGGUUGGGGGACAGAGAGUGACACCCUAGGUAUCACAAGAAGUCUUCUGUUGCUACUGUUUUAUUUCUAGAGUGAAUACCACUAUAUAGGUGAGUUAGUGGCCAUAGCAUUCCCGACUUUCAUUCCCUGAGGGUUUUGGGGAGUAUGGAUUACUCCCCUCAAAGUGAGGAAAACACAAUGUCAUAGGCACUCUGCCUUACAGGUCCAGAGACUGGUAAAGAAGAAGAGUCACACGCCGGGCGGUGGUGGCGCACGCCUUUAAUCCAGCACUCGGGAGGCAGAGGCAGGCGGAUCUCUGUGAGUUCGAGGCCAGCCUGGUCUACAGAACACUGAGACCUCAGUGCUGGGCAUCCCUACCGAUACCUACAAAUUCCCCACGUGGCAGCCAGGGGCCUCACUCUUGCCCUGUGGGGUCAUCUGGUGGGACUUCGCCAGUUGCCUCAGAACAGGAGCUGGCUGUUCACCAUCUGUAAACACAGGGACCCUUUCCUGACCUCCUUGGCCAUCCCAGCUGGUUUGUGGCAAAUCACAAGCCCUCCAACCUGACGUAGUUCCCAAGGGACAGACAACAUGGCAGCCUGUGUGAAGACCAAUAAGUCCCACAUCAUCUUCAAGAAGGUCUCUCGGGACAAGUCGGUGACUAUUUACCUGGGGAAGAGAGACUAUGUUGACCAUGUCAGCCAAGUAGAGCCUGUAGAUGGUGUUGUUUUGGUGGAUCCCGAGCUUGUGAAGGGGAAGAAAGUGUAUGUCACUCUGACCUGCGCCUUCCGCUAUGGCCAAGAGGACAUUGAUGUGAUCGGCCUGACCUUCCGCAGGGACCUGUACUUUUCUCGGGUCCAGGUAUACCCUCCCGUUGGGGCCAUGAGUGCCCCAACCCAACUCCAGGAGAGCCUGCUCAAGAAACUGGGAGACAACACGUACCCAUUUCUGCUCACGUUUCCUGACUACCUACCCUGUUCAGUGAUGUUGCAGCCAGCUCCACAAGAUGUAGGGAAGAGCUGUGGGGUCGACUUUGAGGUCAAAGCAUUUGCCACAGACAUCACAGAUGGUGAAGAGGACAAGAUCCCCAAGAAGAGCUCUGUGCGGUUACUGAUCCGGAAAGUGCAGCAUGCCCCUCCUGAGAUGGGUCCCCAGCCCUGUGCUGAGGCAGCCUGGCAGUUCUUCAUGUCUGACAAGCCCCUGCAUCUCUCAGUCUCCCUCAGCAAAGAGAUAUAUUUCCAUGGGGAGCCCAUCCCUGUGACUGUGACAGUGACCAAUAACACAGAGAAGACUGUGAAGAAGAUUAAAGUGUUAGUGGAACAAGUAGCCAAUGUGGUUCUUUACUCAAGUGAUUAUUACGUCAAGCCUGUGGCCGCAGAGGAGACACAAGAAAAAGUGCAGCCAAACAGCACUCUGACCAAGACGCUGGUGCUGGUGCCCCUGCUGGCGAACAACAGAGAGAGGAGAGGCAUUGCACUGGAUGGGAAGAUCAAGCAUGAGGACACAAACCUGGCCUCCAGCACCAUUAUCAAGGAGGGCAUCGAUCGGACUGUCAUGGGCAUCCUGGUGUCCUACCAUAUCAAGGUGAAGCUCACAGUGUCAGGCUUUCUAGGAGAGCUUACAUCCAGUGAAGUGGCCACUGAGGUGCCAUUUCGUCUCAUGCACCCACAGCCCGAGGACACAGCAAAGGAAAGUGUUCAGGAUGAAAAUUUGGUUUUUGAGGAGUUUGCUCGCCAAAAUCUGAAAGAUGGGGGAGAGAACACGGAAGUGAAGAAAGAUGAGGAGGCAGUCCCGGAUGAGUGAAGAGUUAGCCUAGUUACCUAGAAGUGGCUUGUAGUCCUGGGUGCCUUGAGCGAAGCCCCAGGAACCUUUCAGAGUUAUGCUAGAUGGAUAUGAAAGCCCAAGUGUUCCUCCCGGAAAUAAAGUCUGUGGACUCUCUGAUAACAAGUCAGGCUGGUUGGCUGGGCACUGGGCUGUUGUCACUGACAGAGACUGACACCUUUAGGGUCCCUGGAGCUCGGGAGUGAGGGGCACCAU